AUGGGUUCAAAAAUCACUUUUACCGGUUGCCAUAAAAGUUUUCAAACGAAACUGAAUCUCAAAAGACAUCAAUCAGUUGAUCACAAUUCGCCUGAACGACAAUUUCGAUGCGAUUAUAAAAAAUGUAAAAAAAAGUUUUCCGAUAUUCAUGUAUUCAAUCGACACCGACUGGACCUGCAUUUCCCGAAACUCAGGCCAUAUAAAUGUAAUGUCCGACACUGUGGCAAAAGGUUUAGUUAUAAAAGUUUACUAAACUAUCAUAAAUGCCAAUCGCAUGAUAUCGGCGAAAGACCCUACAAGUGUGAUGUCGACGGUUGUCAUCAAUCGUUUGUACGACGAUUCAGGCUAACAGUUCACAAACGGUUCAUACAUUCGGGACAUAAACCGUUCAAAUGUGGUGUCAAGGGUUGCGACAAAAUGUUUGCCGACAUAACACAUCUGAAUAGACAUCAAAAAUAUAAAAUAUAA